CUAGGGUUUCUUCUAUUAAAACCUUCCGUCCCCAAAUCUCAUCUCUUUCCAGUGAAACCCUCGGCGCGCGGCGGCUCCCAAAGAUCAGAGAAAAGAGGGGCGGGCAAAUCAAUCUGCAGCCAUGAGUCUGGUCGCCAGCGAAGAUUUCCAGCACAUUUUGCGUAUUCAGAACACCAACGUCGAUGGCAAGCAGAAGAUCAUGUUCGCUCUCACUUCCAUCAAAGGUAUCGGCCGCAGAUUCGCCAACAUCUGCUGCAAGAAGGCUGAUAUCGACAUGAACAAAAGGGCUGGAGAACUCACCGCUACUGAGAUUGAAAACUUGAUGACAGUUGUCACAAACCCUCGCCAGUUCAAGAUCCCAGACUGGUUUCUUAACAGGCAGAAGGAUUACAAGGAUGGCAGCUAUUCGCAGGUGGUCUCCAAUGCAUUGGACAUGAAACUCAGGGAUGAUCUUGAACGUUUGAAGAAAAUCAGGAACCACCGUGGUCUAAGACACUAUUGGGGUCUCCGUGUACGCGGGCAGCACACCAAGACAACUGGACGCAGGGGAAAGACAGUUGGUGUCUCCAAGAAGCGUUAGUGAUUUCAAUUUUGCUGCACUCAAGGCUGUCUUUUUGUCAUCAUGUUGUUUUUUUAUGUUUUGGAUUCCUAUACAAUGAUUCGUGGUCUUUGCAUGGACUACUGCUUGUUCCUUAAGUAUGGGCUUUUAAGGGCUUCGACUUAGGAAGACUUGUGGUUAUCUUUGUUUGCAGUUAUAUGAACUUGAGUAUUUUUGACUUCUAAAAUCCUCUGUUAAUGGUUUCUAUGUUUGUGAUCAGUUGGGGUUCGGAAUUUCAUCUCUUUAUUAUCAAAGGCCCACAAAUUUCUAACUUUUGGACUAUUUUCCUUCUGCAUAAAUAUGGCUCUUAUAG